UGCCGUCAUAACAUUGCCGACUACUUAUAAGUCGAGAGCUGAAGAAUUAAACAAAAUCUUUGUUGUAGAAAAAAAAAAUCAAUUUUCUUCGUCGAAAAAAAAAUUGAAAUUUCGGUUCGAAAAAAACGUUAAAAAGAAGUAGAUUUUCCAGCGGAUCAAAUAAUGAAUAGUCAACUGAUUUGUAGAAAAUCAAUAAAUGAAUUCAUCUGUGAAAUAAUAAAAGAACAUGAGCCAGACGUUGAAAUUCUUCAAAUGAAUGAAGAACCUGGAACUGGAAGAGGUGACAAUUACACGUCGAUGUUGUAUCGCCUACGCUUGAAUGGACGAAAGCGUUUGAAGUCUGGUGAUUGUGUCCCCUGGGAGACUGCAAUUAUUUACAAAGUCCUGCCUGAGUCCCAAGCACAUCGCGAGUAUUAUAAGAGUGAGCUAUUGUUCAGAAAUGAAGUUGCUUUUUACAACCACGUGUGGCCAGCAUUUGAAGAGUUACAGAAGGAUGGAAGAGGAGUUUUUGGUGGAGUGGCUAAGGUUUUCAUUGCUCAAUCGGAUCUUAUUGCUAUGGAAGAUUUGAAGAGAAAAGGGUAUGUGAUGGCUGACAGGAGGAAGGGACUAGGGAUCGAUAGAUUGAAGCUCGUGCUUAAGGCUUUGGCAGGGUUCCAUGCAUUGAGUUUGACCCUUCGUGACUUGAGACCCGAAAUUUUUGAUCGUCUCAGUAAUGAAUCAAAUCCGGAGGGAAUUCGAGAGGGAUUCUUCCGAAUUGAAAAUGAGGAAUGGUAUCGUCAAUAUUACCGCGUUGCCUUUAAAAAUGCUAUUUCAAUGGUUUCUGAAGCACUACCACCUGAGGAUGAAAGCAGACGAGAUGAUAUUAUGGGAAAACUGAAAGCAUUUCUUCAGGAGGAUGUUUUCUUUCGUAGAAUGUGCGAGCUAGCAUCCACUCGUGGACCACUCACGGUGUUUUGUCAUGGGGAUUGCUGGACAAACAAUUUUUUGUUCUGUGAUCAACUGGCGAGUAAUGCUGAACCGGUUUACCUUGUGGAUUUCCAAUUAACGCGCGUCGGCUCACUGGCACUGGAUUUAGUGAAUCUCCUCUACCUCUGCACUUCUGCUGAAGUUCGGCGGACCCAAAUGACUUCUCUUCUGCGUCAUUAUCAUUCAAAUCUAAUGUCUGCACUCAAUACUUUGAAUACUGGCAACGAGGACAAGGAUUCUUCAGUAAUGUGGGAUUUGCUGAAUGAUGAAAUGCGAAGAUGUGCACGUUUCGGUUUAGGUUUGGCAAUUGACAUGAUUCCAAUAACUACAUGCGACAGUAAUCAAGCGCCUGAUUUAUACGAAGGGGAGUGUGACGGUAAUGAGGAGGGUCACGGUAUUCGCGCCCCGCCACUUGGAGGUACCCAAUGUGCCAGACUCAUGACUGACCUCGUUUUGGAAUUCAUUCACGAAUCUGCCCUUUAACUCUUCCAGUUAAACUGAUUGAUUUGAAAAAUGUAGUGUUAAAUGCCUUUGGAACGUUUUCUUUUACCAGCGUCAUGUGACCAAAGUUCUAUACUAAUCUCCAGCCUUUAUAUACAUAAGAAACAAAAUCCAUUAGGGGAAUUCAGGAGAAGUGUGAAGAUUAGAUCAGGAUUCAGGCUUUUAUGUCUCACAGGAUUUUUUGCAAAUUCGCGAGGGUUUCUCUCAUUUUUACUCACAUUCCCUCCAUUCAAUUUUCUUCAUAAUUUGCAUUGUAUUUAUCAUAUGUCAUGUAAUUAUUCUGAAUUUUCACAAAUUUGACUCAAUGUAAGAGAUGGCGAGAAAAAUUGGAUUUCAAUAAUAAUUUCGAUUAUGGGGUAAACGAAAUAGUCAUGAAAGAAACGUUCAUUUGCAACUGAGGAAUUCGUCUGUAUAUCUUUAAUUGUCAAAGGUCGCAAUAUUCAGAAAAAUUCAAAAUAUGUGUACAAGUAAUUAAUUUCAUCUAAAUUAACCAAAAAAAUUCGAGAUUUAUAAAAAGAAAACAUUUUUUUUCCAUUUCUUUCAUUACCACUAAAUUACUAUCUUUGUAUUCAAUACUUGAAACUGGAAAAAAUGAAGAAAGAAAAGGAGAUAGAAAAGAAUAGACCCUAAGCACUAUCCAUUAAAUCUUUGACUUAACACUCAGAGUCAAAGGUAAAUUCAAAGUUGGAAAUUUUCAAAAAUUAUUUGUCACAGUACACAUGCUUCACAUGAAAAAACGCACAGACAAAAAACGAUGAUUAAACUGAACAAGAAAUCUUCCCUUGAAACGUCCUCUGAUCAUUAUCCAACCUGUAGUAUAAAAUUGCACCUAAUGUACCAGUUGCAAAAAAACCGUGACAAAUAUUCCUCGAAAAUCCUUGAAAAUACGCAAAGAAAACUCCAAUGAGACUUCACCACAAAUGGACCAAUACCCAGAAAAAAUAAGAGACUAUUUAGAGUCCACCCACACUUUUUAUAACUGAAUUUGAGAAGAGAAUCAAUAAAAGCUAUCUUCAUGGUCUUAAAAAGUCUCAUGCCCACAAUAUCUUUCCCUCCUCUCCCUCGUCA